AUGACGCUGGUGAAAUCCAUCCCUAAAACCCCCGAGAGUCGCAUCUCAUUCACCGAGUACCAGCGCUAUGAUGAAAUUCGGCAGUACCUGUCGCAGCUGGCAUCAAGCUAUCCCAGUACAGUGACUGUGCAGACCAUCGGACAGACGUACGAGGGUCGCCCUCUGGAUAUCAUCCAGAUAUCCUCUGGAGGCGACGGCUCCAGGCCGGUCAUCCUGAUCGACGCGGGCAUCCACGCCAGGGAGUGGAUCGCGCCAGCUGCCGCCCUCUACGUCAUCAACCAGCUGGUCGAGAACACAGCCGAGAGCGCGCUCACAGACAGCGUCGACUGGCACAUCAUCCCCGUGCUCAACCCUGAUGGAUACGAGUACACCUUCACAGAUGAGCGCAUGUGGAGGAAGACGCGAUCAAGAGCAUCCAUUUUGUGCACGGGGGUGGACGGCAACAGGAACUUUGAUUUCCACUGGAAUGAGGUUGGCGCCAGCAGCUACCCCUGCUCUGACACUUACGCCGGUUCUGAGGCGUUCUCGGAGUCUGAGACGCAAGCUCUCAGAGACUACAUCCUGGCCAACGCCAACCGCAUCAAACUUUACCUCACAUUCCACAGCUACGGACCCUACUUACUCUACCCGUGGGGUUACACUAGCGAACUGCCUGACGACUGGGAGACUCUGGACGCCUUGGCACGCCAAGCAGAUGCCGCCCAGCAAGCUGCAGGGGGCCCUAGCUACGCCAUCGGUAGCUCUACAAACGUCUUGUACGCAGCGGCUGGCGGCAGUGAUGACUGGACGAAGGGUGUCGGCGGAGUAGCCCUCUCCUACACCAUCGAACUUCCCGGUGGCGGCAGCCAGGGUUUCAAUCCUCCAGCGUCAGACAUCCUCAACUUGGUGACGCCAUUCUUCGAAGCCGUGCGCGUCUUCGGCCAAUAUGUUGCUGAUAACUAUGGAUAAAAAGAACCAGUACUCACCGAUAAUUUCUAUAUGUUACAUGUUUUUUCUGGAAUAAAGAGAGAUUUCUCUUUA